UGUGAAAACUUUUAAUACAUUCCGCCAACCAGUUUAAUCUUUAGAUCCCAAUUCCAACAAUAUUCCAUAUCUGACCUUACCUGACUCCCAAAUCCGAAGACCAUAGUAUCUAUGCCCCCUGUUCUCAUUCUGUAUCUGCUGAAGAGAAUACCCAAAUGAUAUUUUCGUGUCUCAGCGCCCCCACGGCCCGGUUCCAGACUGUGCCUGUUUAUCCUGUUGUGUGUGUGUGUGUGUGUGUACUCACCUAUUUGUGGUUGCAGGGGUCGAUUCAUAGCUCCUGACCCCGCCUCUUCACUGAUUGCUACUAGGUCCUCUCUCUCCCUGCUCCAUGAGCUUUAUCAUACCUCGCCUUAAAACUAUGUAUGGUUCCCGCCUCCACUACGUCACUUUCUAGGCUAUUCCACGGCCUGACUACUCUAUGACUGAAGAAAUACUUCCUAACGUCCCUUUGAUUCAUCUGAGUCUUCAACUUCCAAUUGUUUCUGUGUCCCAUCUCUGGAACAUCCCGUCUUUGUCCACCUUGUCUAUUCCGCGCAGUAUUUUAUAUGUCGUUAUCAUGUCUCCCCUGACCCUCCUGUCCUCCAGUGUCGUCAGGCCGAUUUCCCUCAACCUUUCUUCGUAGGACAAUCCCCUUAGCUCUGGGACUAUUCUUGUUGCAAACCUUUGCACUUUCUCUAAUUUCUUGACGUGCUUGACCAGGUGUGGAUUCCAAACUGGUGCUGCAUACUCCAGUAUGGGCCUGACGUAAAUGGUAUACAGAGUCUUGAACGAUUCCUUACUGAGGUAUCGGAAUGCUAUCCGUAGGUUUGCCAGACGCCCGUGUGCUGCAGCAGUUAUCUGAUUGAGGUGCGCCUCAGGAGAUAUGCUCGGUGUUAUACUUACCCCCAGAUCUUUUUCCUUGAGUGAGGUUUGCAGUCUUUGCCCAUCUAGACUAUAUUGUGUCUGCGGUCUUCUUUGCCCUUCCCCAAUCUUCAUGGCUUUGCAUUUGGCAGGGUUAAACUCAAGGAGCCAGUUGCUGGACCAGGCUUGUAGCCUGUCCAGGUCUCUUUGUAGUCCUGCUGAUCCUCGUCCGAUUUGAUUCUUCUCAUUAACUUCACAUCAUCUGCAAACAAGGACACUUCUGAGUCUAUCCCUUCCGUUAUGUCAUUCACAUAUACCAAAAACAGCACAGGUCCUAGGACUGACCCCAGUGGAACCCCGCUUGUCACAGGCGCCCACUCUGACACCUCGUCACGUACCAUGACUCGUUGUUACCUCCCUGUCAGGUAUUCUCUGAUCCAUUGCAGUGUGUGUGUGUGUGUGUGUGUGUGUGUGUGUGAAACGAAGGCUGAAAAUUACAUGCCUUCCACUACCAACCAACCUCAAUAAGCAAAUCUCUCAUCCGUCACAUGUACUAAGGAGUGUAUAUAAAUUGGGGUAACAAAGAACACAGCAGACAGUAGACACUCACCAGCAUUGGAUAAAAACAGUAUGCAGAAGUUUGGGACAUCAUAUGUGAGCACGUUGAUGGUAGAUAUGGACUAUUGUUGUGGUAUCAAAUAAUACUAUAUGGUAGAUGGUAGACAGGCCAGUGUUAGGACAACACACAGUAGAUGGUAGACAGGGACCAGUGUUGAGGUAUCAAAUUAUGAGUGGGUCUAUACCAGCUGAGCCCAGCUGCGAUCACACGUAAGGGCGCUAGUCUGACCUUAUUAACACAAGGUGUCGCCAUUAUAGAGGAAGAGAAUAGGCUUUCUCACGCCUCCACCUGGCUGUGUCAUACAUCACUGUCACACCUGGCACAUAUAUGCUUAACACUCAAGUGAUGUACACACACCAAGCCAGGCACGAAGCCAAUCAGCGCUCUCCAUAUUAUGUUUGACGAGGUUUGUGUAUUGUGUAUGUGUGUGCGCUCACCUAUUUAUGGUUGCAGUUGUAGUUCCUGGCCCCGCCUUUUCGCUGGUCGUUACCAGAUCCUCUCUCUCCAUGCUCCAGGAGCUUUAUUGUACCUCUUCGUAAAGUUAUGUAUGGAUCCUGCCUCCACUACAUCACUCUCCAGAUUGUUUCACUUCCUGACAACUCUAUAACUGAAGAAAUGCUUUCUAACAUUCCUGUGAAUCAUCUGAGUUUUUUAACUUCCAGUUGUGACCACUUGUUGUUGUGUCCCGUCUCUGAAACAUUCUGCCCCAUCCACCUUUUCAAUUCCUUUCAGUAUUUUAUAUAUAUAUUGUUAUCUUGUCUCCCCCCUGUCCCUGUCCUUCACUGUCAUCAGGUUGAUUUCCGGGAUUAGUCUUGUUGCAGACCUUUGCACUUUCUCUAAUUACUUAACGUGCUUGACCAGGUAUUGGUUCCACACUGGUGCUGCAUACUCCAAUAGAGGCCUGACGUACACAGUGUACAGUGCCUUGAAUGACUCUUUACUCAGGUGUCGAAACACUAUUUUCAGGUUUGCCAGGCACCCAUGUGCUGCAGCAGUUGUCUAGUUGAUGUGCGCCUCAGCUGUGCUGGGUAUGAUACUGAUCUCAAGAUCAUUUUCUCCAAGUGAGGUUUGCAGCCUUUGGUUCCCAGCAUGUACUCCGUCUGUGUGUGUGUACUCAUCUGUUUGUGGUUGCAGGGGUCGAUUCAUAGCUCCUGGCUCCGCCUCUUCACUGAUCGCUACUAGGUUUUCUCUCUCCUUGUUCCAUGAACUUUAUCAAACCUCGUCUUAAGACUAUGUAUGGUUCCUGCCUUCACUACGUCACUAGCCAGACUAUUCCACUUCCUGACAACUCUGUGACUAAAGAAAUACUUCCUAACAUCCCUUUGACUCAUCUGUGUGCGUGUGUGUGUGUGUGUGUGUGUACUCACUUUUAUACUCGCCUAUUUGUUGUUACAGUGGUCGAUUUUUAGAUCCUGGCCCUGCCUCUUAACUUGCUGCUCUUCAGAUUAGCUCCCUAAAAGCCUCUAGGGCCCUAUCGUACCUCCAUCAUUUCCCCACUAAGAUCAUUCCACUUUCCAACCACUCUGAAAAUGAAGAAAUACUUCCUAACAUCCCUGUGGCUUAUGACUCACGAAAUCGUAAUGAUACGAUUGCAAACAAACUACAGUACGAGUGGGGAUUGAACUCGCGGCCCCUCGAGGGAGGUUCCUUUACGCUGGUGAGGGGCUCUUGAUCUAGGGAAUUGGAUCUGUGCUCCGGUUCCCUGAAUUGAGCCUGAAUACCUUCCAUUCCCCCCACAUGCGUUGUAUAAUCCUAAGGGUUUAGCGCUCCCCCAUGACUAUAAUAAUGAAUUUACGGCAAAUGAGUUCUACGACUGGAGUUUUACGAUUCAUUUUUCCCGAGUUUAAUCCCCACCCGUACCGCGGUUUAUCCCUGUGGCUUAACUGUCAACUUCCAAAGGUGUCCUUGGAUUCCCGUUUCUUCCCUCUCAAAGACCUUAUCCCUGUCUACCUUAUCAAUUCUGCUGAGUAUUUUGUUAUCAUGUCCUCUCUGGAUCUUCCGUCCUUCAAUAUUUUUACAUUAAAUUCGGUUAGUCUUUCUUUAAUUUAGAAACAAGACUUUUUGAAUACUCUGCACUUUCUUAUUUUUUUUCUUUUUGGUGCAAGAUAGAGAGUUCAGAAGAUUCCUGAGAGUCUUAGAUUUACCAGUCGUGCUUUGGAUGCCUAGGUUAUUAGACUUGUGUCUCUGGCAAUAUACUGGGCACUAUGUUCCUUUCUAGGUCUUUCUCUUUGAGUGCAGUCUAUAGCCUGUCUCCCUAGUCUAUAUCCGGUUUCCGGUCUUUUUGUUCCUUCCAGUCUUAGUGUGUGUGCAUUUGUGGAGGUCAAGACUCAGCUUGUGUGUGUGUCGGGGGGGGAGGGGAGAUGGAGGGGGAAGGGGGUUCCCAGCAUAGUGGUGUCCUAGGCAACACAACUCUCACGCGACUACUAAAACCUCGGGUAUAUAAGUCUGCGUCAGAGGAUACUCGACCACUAGGCUCUCCUGCCUCAGCCACACACCUCACUCUCCCUCCUCUCACACUCACUCGUCACCCAACAGGUAUGCAGGGGGGUGUGGGCGUGGUGAUGGUGGUGGGCGUGCUGGUGGGUGCUGCUACAGCUUGUUUCAUCACCAACUGUCCUCCAGGUGGCAAGAGGUCUGGACAUACAACACAACUUGCACACUUUCGCACAUGUACAUCGUGUGGUCCCGGGCUGCGGGGGCGCUGCAUGGGGCCGGAGAUCUGCUGUGGUCCUGGGCUAGGUUGUUUCCUCGGCACCCGUGAGGCUAGGAUGUGUCGCUCCGAGAACCUGGUACCUCUCACCUGCACCAACACUGACCUUAACACCUGUGGAAGGAUGAGGGAAGGACGAUGUGCUGCCUCAGGAAUCUGCUGCACAGAAAUGAGGUGUGAGUUUGACAGCAGCUGCUUGAUGGAGGGUCGAGAGGGAAGUGUGGAGGAGCAACCCAUCGAGAGACAACGUCUUGCCAUCCUGCCCAGCUUGUCUGACAUACAAUGGAACCUGUGAGCCUCUUCCUGACUGCUGCUUCAGCUCCAUAUUCCGUCCUCAGUGACCAACGGAGCCUGUCUUUCCUUCCACCACCUUUACAUCACUGCCCACCAUCACCGCCUACACUAUCUGCACCACCAACACAUCCUCGUGAUGGCAUCUAGGGAUGUGUAAGGCAAAACUGAUGAAAUUCAAUUGUAUCUCCCUCUUGUAUAUCCAGAAUUAUUGCUGAAAUACGAAUUCAUAUGAUUGUGCAAGUCGAUCUUGUAAUAUUUACAGGCAGCGAUAAACUAAGGUAUCAAACUCUUGAAUAUCGUGGAUAAUUCAGAGAGAUGGAUCUUUCUGUUGAUGAUGGAAAACAUUUUUCCCUCUUAUGAAUGCUCUUUCUCUGACACUCGCCCGUGAGUGCCAAUGCACUAAGAAAUAAAAGGUACCAUAUUUAUUCUCGUUGUUUCCUUAUAUCAUUGUUUUCUUGCAAUCAGUAUUCCCUUCAAGGUAUCCCUUGAUGUUAAUGAAGGGCUCUGAUCCAUGGAAUUGGAACUACCCUUCUCUGGAUCAAGCCCGAUUACCUCCCGGUUCCCAGGCGCUCAAUGACCCCCUACGUGUUCAUGGUCCAGAAACGAAGCCUUUAUGGAACUUUUAGUUAUUGUUACAGUCACUGAUAUACAGUAUACAAAUUAAUUAUAUAACCUGAAUUGUGAUGCUGGUUGGUAGCAACCUCUGCCCAUUCCCACUGUCAAUACGGUCACUAGUACCACUGGCUGCUUGUAAGAAUCUAAGACUUCAGUAUAUCGAAUAACAGAGAUCGAAUAACACUGCCACAUUCAACAGAGCAAAUGUGAGCCAAAGGCAGAUAUGCUCUGCCUCGUUUGGGUAAAAAAGACGUGACCAAACUGAGCUACAAUUCCACAGGUUCUACCUUUGUAAGGAAAGUGAAAUGUGGUUUAAAACAAGGUCUAUUUUUUAUUAAAUACUGGAAAUCGAACAGCCUUCCAUAGAUAAGUUUACCAAGGAAAUGAAUGACUUGAUGAGACGGUAAUUAUGAAAUUUUCAGAAACUUAAUGAAGAGCCGUUUUAAAUUCUAGUAUGUAUUGUACUCUAUUAUUCUUAAGUCAAUAACAUCGUUAAAUAAUAA